GGGUAGCUCCGUUAGUGAGCACGUGCUCGCUAUGUCCGGGCAUGCGAAGAAGCUCAGUGACUUGGGGAUAGUGAUUCCUAACAAGCUGGGUAUUCAUCGUGUACUCCAAUCACUGCCACCUAGUUACAAGAACUUUGUGAUGAACUACAACAUGCAGAACAUGAACAAGGAGUUACCUGAACUCUUCUCCAUGCUGAAAUCUGCUGAGGUGGAAAUACAGAAAGAGCACCAAGUGUUGAUGGUCAACAAGACCACCAGUUUCAAGAAGCAAGGCAAACCUAAGAAGGGCAACGUCAAGAAGGGCGGCAAGAAAGCUGCCGCACCUCCUGAGAAGCCUAAGGGUGGCCCUAAACCUGAUACUGAGUGCUAUUACUGCAAUAGGAAGGGGCACUGGAAGCGUAAUUGCCCCAAGUACUUGGCUGAUCUGAAGAGCGGCCUUGUCAAGAAGAAGAAAGGUAUAUCUGAUAUACAUGUUAUAGAUGUCUAUCUUACUAGUUCUCGUACUAGUGCCUGGGUAUUUGAUACUGGUUCGGUUGCUCACAUUUGUAACUCGAAACAGGAACUACGGAAUAAACGAAGCCUAGCGAGGGACGAAGUGACGAUGCGCGUUGGAAAUGGAUCCAAGGUCGAUGUGAUCGCUGUCGGCACGCUCCCUCUACAUCUACCUUCGGGAUUAGUUUUAAACCUCAAUAAUUGUUAUUUGGUGCCUGCGUUGAGCAUGAACAUUAUAUCUGGAUCUUGUUUAAUGCAAGACGGUUAUUCAUUUAAGUCUGAGAAUAAUGGUUGUUCUAUUUUUAUGAAUAAUAUCUUUUAUGGUCAUGCACCUGAGACGAAUGGUUUAUUCCUGUUAAAUCUCGAUAGUAGUGAUACACAUGUUCAUAACAUUGAUGCUAAGCGAAUUAAAUUGAAUGAUAAUUCUACUUAUAAUUAUGCUAGUCAUACUUCUCUCGGUGGCCAGGUGAUUGAUUCAAAGCCAAUUUAA